UAUAUUAUUAAUCACGGUAACUAUGAACAAAUUAAAAAAGAAUUAGAAAAAAUUAUCGAAAAACGCGAUGAUUAUAAAAAAAAAUUAAGAAAAAGUGAAGAAGACAAAAGAGAAAUUAAUCUCAAUAUUCAAAAAAAUGUUAAUGAAAUUAUUAAAAAAAUUUCUUCUAAUUUAAUUGAACAAAUAAUUGAACAAAUUAAAAAAUUAGCAGAAUCUGAUGACCAAAAAAUAUAUAAUGAUAUAAAGAAAAAAGCAUAUGCUAUUGGUUCUUGUACUGUUGGUGAUGAAAAAGCUUACAAUGUGUGUAGAAAUAAAAGACCUGAUGGUUUAAAAAUUACACUACCACCUGAUAGAGAUGAAGAUAAUGAACAAUUAGAUGCUACAAAAGCAAUAGUUGAAUAUUAUAAAAUUCCUAUUGCUGGUAGUAAAAGUUUAUUGAUUCCUUUAAUUUCAAAAAUAGAAUUACAUUUUUUUCUUGUUAGAAUUUGUAAUAAAGAUUUGGCAAGAAAAACACAAGAUGAUAUAACCCCUGAAGAAAUUUUUGUAGAUCCAGAAAAAUUAAAUGAACCAAAAUUGAAAGAUUAUUUCCAAAUCUUAGCUGAAUAUUAUGGAGAAAUUGAAUAUGAUAAAACAGGAUUUUGUAUACUUCUAGAAGAAGAAGAUACAGAUAAAAUUGAAGAAACUCAAAGACCUAAUGCUAUAAAAUUGGUUGAUAAGAGAAAUUUAGAUCAAAGAAUAAAAAAUUCAAAAUUAUUGCCAAAUUUAAUUAAUGAUUUACAACAAUUGAGAAAAUCAAAAUUAGAUAAUUUACAUCUUGAACAAUAUGGUUAUUAUAUUGAUUUGAAAGAUAAAACAGAAAAUAUCGCAACCUUAAAUAAUUUAUUUGAUACUAUCAAUAAUGAUAAAAUUUUAACAGUCAUGCAAAUUUCAAUCUUAUUAAAAAGUAUAACUAAUAAAAUUUUUAAAAUUAACCAAAAACAAGAAUAUGAUUCAAUUAAAAAUAGAAUAGUUAAAGAAAAAGAUCUAGCACAAUUAGAAACUGUUUGGAAAGAUAAUAUUGAUGAACAGCAAAAAAAUCAACUUUAUAUAUUAAGAAAACAAAGAAUUCAAAUCUUAACAGAUAAAGUAUUUGAUGAGCUUAAAAAUAAUAUAAAAAAUAAACAAGUUUCAAGUAGACUAGAAGAUAAGAGAUAUUAUAAUAAUAGAAUUGAUUUAAAUGAACUUAACGAUAACUUAGAACUUACAAAUGAUAUUUUAAAAUUAAAUCAAACAUUACUUACCAGAAAUAGAAAAAUUAAUAAUUUAAACACUAAAAGAAAACAAAAAUAUAAUAAUAACUUAUACGAUAAUUUUGCUAUAUCAAUAAAUAUUGAAACAAAUGUUGAAGACCUGCAGAAUAAUUGGAAAAUAAGAAUUGAUACUGAAAUCGAGAAAGAAUAUCUUUUGCAACCUAGAACAAUAGAAAAUUUAUAUAAACUACGAAAAGAAAGAAUAGCAUUAUUAAGACAACCACCUUUACCUAAAUGA